AUUAAGAACCAGAUGGUCUGGCAAGCUUUGGCCUGUAGAAAUUUACAAUUAAAUUUGCAAUUUUUCCUAGAAAGCUAAACUUUUCAGACUGCGAUUUGUUCGAUAGUCGGGAUUUUUGCAUUUUAAGCCGAUAAAUAUAAAGUGUAAUUUAAUGUACAAUUUGUCUUGUUGCCCGAAUUGCACUUAAGAACGACUCUAAUCGAUUGCAAAUCAUCGGUUGGGGGUUUUUUUUUAUCAUUGCGCAUCUAAAAUUACACAAAGAACGUCAAUAAAAUUAAAUUAAAUUAAAAUUAGACACUAAUGCUGACGCUUAGUUAAGGCAGCAAAAUGGAUCAUCGUGUAUUUAUUACACUGCUCUUCGUAUUGAGUGGAACCCUGAAUGUUUUAGUGAUCAAAUGGAUGAACAUGCAGUUGGUGCAGGGCAGCGAUGGAAAACUGCAUCGCUUUCAGCAUCCCGUCUUCUUGACGUUGCUCAUGUUCCUUGGCGAAUUCCUAUGCUUUGCAGUUUACAAAUUGAUCCAUGCGCUGAUGUCGCGACGCGGCCACUUUGACAGUGAGGAGGAUCACAUUUUGAUACGCGGCAGCACUGAGUUCCAGGCGUUUAGCAUGUUGCUGCCAUCUCUGCUGCGCAGCGUGGCAUCCAUUCUGCUAUUCACCGGCCUGUAUUUGACGUAUGCCACCAGCUUUCAAAUGUUGCGAGGCGUUGCACUCAUCUUUGUGGGCCUGUUUAGCACGAUGUACUUGAACCAAACGCUGACCACCCGCCACUGGUUAGCCAUCUUCACCAUGACGUGCGGCAUCGUUGACAUCUUGGCAUUGGAUGUGCAGCGCGUGGAAUAUGAUAAUCAAACUCUGCCGCAUAAGGAUCACAAUACCAUUCUCACUGGCGAUCUGUUGAUCAUCGUUGCCGAAGUGCUGCACGGUCUACAGUAUGUGUACGAGGAGAAGCACUUGAAGGCAUCGGACUUGAAGCCCAUUCAGGCGGCUGGUUGGCAGGGCAUCUUUGGCAUUGUUAUCACCAUAGUGGCAGCAUCUUGUCUAAACUUUGUGCCCUGCGUUACGCCCUUCAAUGAGAGCUCACGCGGUGUCUUUGAUGAUCUGGGAGAUAUUAUUCCGCAGCUAUGCAACAACACCUGGUUAAUCCUUGCACUUGUCGGCUUCACCUGCUCUUGUGCUAUUUACAAUUGUAUCGGAAUGUCCAUUGCAAAGUUCUCAUCCAGCGGCAAUCGUCUGCUCGCCGAUGGAAUACGUGUCUAUCUCAUCUGGGCGUUUGUUCUCUUUGCCGAGUGGGAGAUUUUGAAUUUGGUCACACUUAUGGGUCUCAUAAUACUGCAAAUGGGCAUCAUGUUGUUCCGACAGGCCAUCUUUCUGCAAUGGUAUCGCGCCGCCUUGGCUCGCUGGCAACGCAUUCGAUACAUGGACUUGGCCGCAGAUGCUGGACCCACGCCCAGCACCCAACCUGCAGACGUAGUCUAAGAUAAUGUUGGUAGAAAGUAUAGAUUUUGUAUAGAAUGUGAUAUGAGAGGCGGGCUGAUAUACGUAGAGCUAUCCAGUUUUCGGAUUGAUCAUUAAAAUUUACUUAUCAAUUGACUUUAGCAUACAAAUAAACGUUUUAAAAACCUAUUGUACUCAAUAA